AUGGCUGCCAAUUUCUGGACUUCUUCUCACUACAAACAGCUUCUGGAUCCAGAAGAGGUGGAUGUGGUGCAUCCACUAGACAAGGAGAGGGGCAUCACUCUUGAAGAUUUCAAGCUCAUCAAGCUACAUAUGUCCAAUUAUAUAGCAAGAUUGGCUCAACAUGUAAAAGUGAGGCAAAGGGUUGUUGCUACUGCCAUUACCUACAUGAGACGUGUUUAUGUCAGAAGAAGUAUGACUGAAUAUGAUCCUCGUCUGGUUGCUCCGUCUUGCUUGUACCUGGCUUCAAAAGCAGAAGAAAGCACAGUGCAGGCCCGGCUUCUUGUAUUUUACAUCAAAAAACUAUAUUCCGAUGAGAAGUAUAGGUUUGAAAUAAAGGAGAUACUCGAAAUGGAAAUGAAAAUUUUGGAAGCCCUCAACUAUUAUUUAGUUGUUUUCCAUCCUUACCGUGCACUGUCCGAGUUGCUUCAGGAUGCUGGGAUGAAUGACGCAACACAAUUAACUUGGGGACUUGUCAAUGACACGUACAAGAUGGAUUUGAUUCUUAUGCAUCCUCCUCACUUGAUUACAUUGGCUUGCAUAUACAUUGCUAGCGUGCUAAAAGAUAAAGAAAAUACAGCCUGGUUUGAAGAGCUUCGAGUGGAUAUGAAUGUGGUAAAAAAUAUUGCAAUGGAGAUAUUGGAUUUCUACGACAACCACAAACAGAUUACAGAAGACAGAGUUAAUGCAGCCACGAGCAAGCUAGCAAAAUAA